UAACCCAUCUCAUCGUAAAGAAGAAAGGGGGGGCGAGAGAGAGAGGGAGGGAGACUUGCUAUAGAAAUAAAUAGAGAGGAGGAAACAUCAAUCUUGCCUUGCACAUCUCUAGCCUGUUGGUGAGUCACUCAUUUCAUGCCCAUUUCCCUCCCAUCAAUGGAUCAAGAUGAUAUUCCAAUGGAAGAAACAGGCAGCAAGAUUUUGCGAAAAUCAAUCUUUACUUUCCUUCAAAACUAUCAAUACUUCACCUCUACCGCAGCCCUUCUCGCCUUCCCUUUCUCGGCCUCAAUCCUCCUCGCACACCUGCUUCUUGACUCUUCCUCAUCUCUCCUUCCAGUCAUUUACCACAGGUUGACCAGUCUGUUCCAGGCGGCAGGAUUCCCUCCCUCCUCGGAGUUGCUCAACCUUGUCAAUCUCAAGCUCUCUCAAACAAUCUCCCUUUCAAUUCUUACGCUUCCCUUUGCCCUUACUUUCUUGCUCAUCAUGAAAGCAUCUGUUAUUCAAGCUCUCAACAAUAAUCACAAAAAGCCACCUUCUUUCUAUUGUGUUUUUUCCAUUUUCAAUCCUCUCCUCCUCACCUACAUAUGCAAUUCAUUAUUGAUCCUCUCAGCGAAUGCCACAGCUUUUUCUCUCUUAUUCUUUACUUCUAAUCUUUUCCUUGAGAAUAUUGGAUUUGGCUUUCAUCUCUUCCUCUCAGCUGCUGGAGCUGUUGUUUACUCCAUCAUCCUCUCCCAUACAAUCAUUAUAUGCAACUUAGCGUUGGUCUUAUCGGGCGUGGAAAGAAUCGGAGGAUACCUGGCCAUUCUAAAAGCCUGCGUUAUGAUCAGGGGAAGGGCUUCAACGGCGUUAUCACUUGCUCUUGCUGUCAAUAUAGCCCUGGCAGGGGUUGAAGCAUUGUUCCGAUACCGGAUUGUGAGAACUUAUCGUCAUAUCCGUGAAGCACCAAGCUCUUUGUCGAUAAUUUCAGAGGGGACGCUUAUCAUCUACUUGUAUUCAAUUCUUGUUGUUCUUGAAACCAUUGUCAGUUGCAUCUUCUUCAAAAGCUGCAAGGCAACCUACUCUUGCAUUGAUCAACAAGGUAAAUACGCUUACAGGAUCAAUGAAAUUGAAGAGGAAUUAGAAAAUGGUGGUUAUAUUAUUAGCUUAAAGGUGUAGCAAGAACUUUUCUCCGAUUGUCACAAGGGUAAUCUACACACAAGAAAGAUUCACAAGGAUCGUUUCAGAGAAACCAUACUACUUCACUUGAAGCCGACAAGUACUGUAACACACGUUCAAGCUGUUACAUUCUUUCUUCAAUUCUUUCUUCUUUUUCUCGUUUCCAUUUUCUGGUUUAAUUAUUUACUUGUACAUUGGAAUUUCUGAAAAAGAGAACAACGGACAAAAAUGGCGUUGUAGAUGUAUCAAUCACUGGUCAUCAAGAAAAUUGAAAUUUCAGCUA